AUGUAUAUUUUGCUAUUCAAAGAUAAUAAUAGCGAUGUGAUCGAAAAGAUACCAAUCCGUGCACGAUCGCAGAGCUGGCUGAUCAGAACCCGACAUCUGCUCGAUCAUACCAAAGUUCUGAUUCUCGUUGUUGUCACCUUCCCAUUUUGCUUGCCAUUUUGUCUCAAGGUCGCGAGGGAAUAUGAAAGGGCAGUGGUCAUGCGGCUCGGACGCCUCAUUGAUGGUGGUACUAAAGGACCGGGACUAUUUUUCAUUAUGCCUUGUAUUGAUACUUUUCGCAUCGUUGAUUUGCGAGUGCUUUCAUUCGAUGUGCCACCGCAGGAAAUACUGAGCCGUGAUUCUGUCACGGUAUCCGUGGAGGCUGUCAUCUAUUUCCGAGUCAAUAAUCCGGUUAUCUCGGUAACAAACGUCAAUGAUGCGCAAUUCAGCACAAAACUUCUGGCCCAAACAACGCUUCGGAAUGUUCUUGGCACUCGUACACUUAAUAUCCGGUUACCGCACCAGCUGAUGAGAUCGAUGGCUGCAGAAGCGGAAGCUGCUCGAGACGCUCGUGCUCUGAUCAUACAUGCUGAUGGAGAGCGGAAAGCAUCCUGGUUCGUUUUCUUAUAUUGUUCUGGAAUUUUGAUCCUACGACGUUACUGCCCGUCAGAGUGA